GCUGUUUCAGUCAUUGUUGUGUUUUUAACCAGAGAGCAGGAGACUAAAUUUUUAACCUUUUCUAGGUUAAUCGUCCCUGAUGUGUACUGAUAACUAGGAACACUUAAAUUGCGACCGUGUUACAGGGAUAAACGUUAUCCAGCAGCGUUGAGUUUUUCCUCAGUAUCACGCAUUAGUCGGCUAAAAGAUGGGUGGUGGUCAUGGUCAUGGAGAUGGUCAUCAUCAUGCAGUUGUUGGAGAAACCCCAUUGACAAAAGUACCCGAUUGGCGCAUUUACAAAGUAGAAGAUGUUCCUGAUCUAAUGAGAAUGCAGAGAACGCUCGCUCAAAAGGGAUUAAAAGAUCCAUGGGCUAGGAACCAUGUGUGGAGGUACAUCGACACUGAUUAUCGCUUUUGGGGAAAACCGCCAUCAACGAACUUUUAUGUAAAUUUUUUAAAGCGUAUAGCUACAGGAUUAUGGCCCUGGGGAAUAGGAGCAACUGUUAUCACGAUUACUUGUGAACGGUUGUAUGAAAAAUUAUUUUUAUCAGAUGAUGGAGAUGAACACGGCCACGGACACAAGCGCCCAUUCCGUAUUUGUCCGUAAUUCGUUAUUUAAUUGUUUAGAGUUUUCAGAGCCUGUUUUAGAAUAAGCAAAUCUCUUCCUUUGUUACAUAUUUCUUUUUCUUCUCUCUUCAAUAAAUAUCUUACCUCUUCUUGUAUUACAACUAUUUCAAAUUUCA